CUCUCAAGCUCUCCCUGAUCAUCUGCAGUCAGCACCAGCUAUUUCUCCGGCGAAUUGACAACAGAGAAAGGAGGAGGUUAAGAAUGGAUAAACCUGUACUCGAGCCGUGGAGACCAGAACUGGUUCUCUUCCGGCCGCCGGAGACUCCUCGGGAGCCGAUGGAGUUCCUGUCCCGUUCUUGGAGCAUCUCGGCUCUAGAAGUUUCCAAAGCUCUGACCCCAUCGCAUGUAUCGCAAAUGCCGCUGAAGGGCUCUUCCAGCGGCUGCGUCAUACAGGAGGAUGUGGCUGGCGAGCUCGAGGCUGAAGGCGCCACGGUUUCUGGAAACCCUUUCUCCUUUGCUUCCUCUGAGACUUCGCAGAUGGUGAUGGAACGGAUCAUGUCACAGUCGCAGGAUGUAUCUCCACGCACUUCAGGUAGGCUCUCACACAGCAGUGGCCCACUCACCGGAGCCGGCUCCUUAACAGACAGCCCACCGGUCUCUCCCUCCGAUAUUGACGAUGUUAAGCAGUUUUGCCGGGCCAACAACCCGCCAAGUUCGCAGUACCGGACGGCAACCACCCCGUCUCUGACGUCGGUUGCUGGUGGUGGGAAGACGGUUGGGAGGUGGUUGAAGGACAGGAGGGAGAAGAAGAAGGAAGAGACACGUGCUCAUAAUGCCCAGCUCCAUGCGGCUGUUUCUGUGGCUGGAGUUGCCGCUGCCGUGGCGGCUAUUGCGGCUGCCACAGCCACUUCCUCGAGUUCUGGGAAAGACGAGCAGAUGGCCAAGACGAAUAUGGCUGUAGCUUCGGCGGCCACUCUUGUGGCGGCGCAGUGCGUGGAGGCUGCAGAGGCCUUCGGUGCUGAGCGAGAGCAUUUGGCCUCCGUCAUAAGCUCUGCCGUCAACGUCCGAUCAGCCGGUGAUAUCAUGACUCUAACCGCCGCAGCAGCAACAGCACUGAGAGGAGUUGCCACCCUUAAGGCAAGGGCAUUGAAGGACGUUUGGAACAUAGCAGCUGUGAUACCGGUGGAGAAAGGUGGUGGAAAUGUCAGCAACGGAAGCUCCAAUGGUAGCUUUAGUGGAGAGCUUGUACCAGAGGAGAAUUUCUUGGGAAUUUGCAGUAGGGAAUUGCUUGCUAGAGGUUGUGAGCUCCUCAAACGCACCCGCAAAGGCGAUCUUCAUUGGAAGAUAGUCUCUGUUUAUAUCAACAGAAUGAACCAGGUUAUGUUGAAGAUGAAGAGUAGACAUGUUGCUGGGACCAUCACAAAAAAGAAAAAGAAUGUGGUUUUGGAGGUGAUCAAAGAUGUGCCGGCUUGGCCCGGCCGCCACUUACUUGAAGGCGGGGAGGACCGUAGAUACUUUGCGUUGAAGACAGUGAUGCGAGGAGUCGUAGAGUUUGAGUGCAGGAGCCAGAGAGAGUAUGAUAUCUGGACUCAGGGUGUGUCAAGACUCCUCUCUAUUGUCGCAGAGAGGAACAACAGGCAUAGAAUUUAGGUUUUGGACUGCAGUUAGUAGAGAAACUCUGCAGCCAAAUGGGAUACACAUUGGGGUAAAGUAGAACCAAUGCCUCUAUGAAACAUAGUAGUUGAUUUUGGAAGGGUUUCAUGAGGUUGUUCUUUUGGUUGUAAAAAAAAAAAAAAAAGUGUUGAAAUCAAAAGAUAAAUUAUCCAAGUGGGUGUCUUUUAAAUUUUAUGGGGGGGAAUUGUGUGCUUGUUUUUGGACUGUAAAGAGUAGCUAAAGUGACUUGAAUCCCAAAGAAACCACAACAAUCCCAUGUGAUCCCAAGUAUGUUGUUAUUUCACUGUUGAGUAAAGGAAAAAAAGAGGUACCUUGGACUAGGAGUCUGGGAUGGUCAAAAAGAGAAUGAAAGGAAUCCCAUUUUGGAGAAGGAAUAAUAUUGUGGAGGAUGAUAAAGACACUUCCCUGAUUCAAUGUUGGCUGAUCUUUUUGUCUUGUAAUUCAACUUUGGCUCUUGGAUUUAGGUGAAAAUAUGAUUGCAUUCACUAGCAAUGUUCCACUGUGUAUCAUAGUACUAUAAUUUAUAUGAUUAUAUCUGGCUUUGAUUAAAUUAAUCAAGAGCCAAUGAUAUUAGUAUAGUAUAUAAUAGUGAAAGCAUCAAAUGGAGAGUGAGAAACCAGUUGUGCGAGGAAUGUUCUGAGAUCUGGAUGAAAUAACUCGAAUAUGUUCGC